ACCCCAUCCCAACUCACCGCAUCCCAUCUCAUGCAUACCAUACGCAUCUCGCCCUCCAAACAAAGGUCGCUCUAAUUUCAUUUCAGAGAACCGAAUAGCAGAGAACGCUCUUCCUCCCCACUUCCCCCUCCCGUUCAGCACAGUGGCCGUCGCAAACAGCGCUAGUAGUCUAUCGAUCAUACAGCGGCGGCAGUGCUGCUGGGGCUCUUGCCGUGCGCUAGUUAUCCCCGCUUCGCUCAAGCUGACAUCAGCUCUCGCGGCUCCUUCUGCCGCUUCGCCCUGACUCGUUUCACCAACUGCGCGCGUUCCCAAGUUACUACCAAACCUCGAUUUCUCUUCGACAAUGAGUUUCGCCACGUGCGACCUGUGCGACGACAAUCACGACGCGGUCAUGCGAGGCGAAAUCCGCGUUCUAGAGCCUGGCCUCGUCUCCUACGGCGGCCGGACCGCAUCUUGCGGCCGAGUCGUCACCUUAAAGCUCUUUGAAGACAACACAUUAGUGCGCUCCGAGGUCGAGCAGCCCGGUGAAUCGCGGAUCUUAAUAAUCGACGGUGGAGGGAGCCGGCGCUGCGCGUUACUGGGCGGGAAUCUAGCCGUCGAGGCGGCUAAGAACGGCUGGGCGGGCGUUUUUGUCAGCGGGUGCGUGCGUGACGUGGACGAGAUUCGCGGGUGCAACGUGGACGUGCGAGGGCUUGCCACGUGUCCUGUGAAGAGCGUGAAGAAGGGGCAAGGGGAGAGGAACGUUCCUGUGAAAAUUCAGGGGGUGAUGGUCCACCCUGGAGACUGGUGCUAUGCCGAUAAUGAUGGAAUAAUCUUCUCGGCCAAUCCCCUUAUCCCACAUGGAUCAAGGCAAUAAGCGCUCCAAGCAACGUAUUCAGGCCGAAUGGGCUACUUCUACUACACUCUAGGGAAGUACUGUACUGCAGCUGACUUACUGUAUCGGGCAAGUAGUUGCCUGUAAGAUGUGCUUGUGAAUGUGUUAGAGUUACCAAGUGCUGGUUUCAGCAAACCAUUGCUUGUGCUGGCUGGGUGGAGCCCAGAGGAUCGACCUAUUGUGCCCAUUACCACCUUUGAUCUACCUACUGUGCU